AUGAGCGCCACUGCCAUCAUAGCCGGCAAUGCGGCGCAGAGCCAGAACCCGGCCCGCAACAAGCUCGAAUUGAGGCGGAAGACCUUGGCAUCCACGAAGAAGAGAUCUCGUGGCGGCUGUCUGACUUGCAAGCAAAAACAUGCCAAGUGCGAUGAGGCGAGACCAAGCUGCCGAAAUUGUAGCCGAAAAGGCCUCACCUGCGGCGGUUACUCGCGAGGGUUCACCUGGUCUUACAAGCAUCAAUCGGGACCUCGCACGGCAGAGGCCAAGCAGGUGAAUAGACGAUCAUCACAAUCAACGGAAAAUGAAAAGGACUACGCACCAAGCCCGGCGUCAUCCAAGGGUGACGCGCCCCUGGUGGACAGCAAUUUCGCAUCGUCCCUGCUACCCUUCGACGAUGCCUUCUACGCCUCCGAUGACUGCCAGCCAAUAUUAUCCCAAUACUGGCCGCCCGCAAGCGUCUUUGCGAACGAAGAUGCCCUGGCCUGCCUCGAUCGAUCUAUGGGACUACCACCUAACCCUUGGCCACUUGACUCAUCCGCGUCGGAGCAGGUGUCGUUUCCUCGCGGCUUCCGCGUAAGCCAAGAUAUUCCUCUACCCACGCCCCUCAGAGGUGGACCUGAAACAGUAGAUAGGCUUAUAACCAACUGGUUUGAGCAAGUCUGUCCCAUAUGGUCAGCAUUUGACUCUUGCUUCAACCAAAACAGGAAAAUAGCAUCCGAGCUGAUGCAUCACUCCGCCGCCGUCUUCAACACUCUCCAGAGCAUGUCAGCGAGCUAUCUUUCAGCAAGGCUGCCUCAAAUGAAGCGGCCGGCACUUAGAUUGCUGAAGACUGCCACCGCAACUAUUCUUUCUGAAGCCGAUUCACUACGGGGAAGGGAUAUUCCCAAUACAGUCCCAACAGGACUCCUGUUUUCUCUCUUCUGUGUCGGAACAUCCGUGUGUUGGCUGGAUGCGAGCCGUCUUGGGCUACCUUUUCUCCAAGAAGCCAAAUGUCUACUUCAACGCCUGUCUUGGCAGGAUAUCCCUCGUACCGAUGACCAACUUGAGAUACUGGCCUUUUUUAAGAAAAGCCUGCUAUACUGGGAGAUGCUUCUGUCCUUUGUAGAUGAUUACGAUCCAGGCAGCGACUCGGGGAGCAGGGAACAAGAAAACCGGACAUCACCUGCACGGAACACCAGAGACACGAGCACCGACGCAUUUCCGCAUCCUUGGACUGGCAUUUCUUCACAGACAUCUCGUCUAUUUUCUCAGUCGAUUCGACUCUGCCGCUCGUACCGCCGCAGGGUCUCGAAGCCGAGCGGGUCAGAGGUUGCCCUGUCUGCGGCCAUGCAGGAGAUACAGGAAGCGAAGAAACUCGAGGAGCACUUGCUUGGGUUGGAAUUCUCCUCUGCCACCCCGGUAAAUCACACGGGCGACGAGAGAACGCCAUGGCUGCACCUUGCGUAUGUUGCAGAAGCCUACCAGCUGGCGUCACUGCUUCAGCUGUACUUGACGUUUCCAGGCUUGGUGGCGUUGCGCCUGCCGUCGGAUUCUGGUCUUGAAACGAGCGGCAGCGUUCCCUGCGAUAAAUGGACCAUUCCAUUGGCGCUUCGCCUCACCAAACUUCUGGAGCAAAUCCCUCCUGAAUCUGGCAGUCGUGUGAUUCAGCCUCUACUGUACAUUUGUGCCAGCACAGGACUCUGUUACAACAUCUCGCCUUGCUCGCUAAUUCCUGCAUAUCAGGCGGACACGGUUGUUAGCGAAAGCCGGCCUGUGACGUUGGGUAGCCUCGACAUCCUGGGCUACGUUAAUCAGAUGGAUACCAACGAUGGUGACCAGUCAGAUGCAGCCCCCGUGCCUGAAAUAGCUGUUGAAAUUGGAAAUGCUCGCAACUUCAUACUAAGGCGUCUGGAUACAUUAGCGUGCACUCUGCAUCCGAGACCGAUCGUGGUUGCAAAACAGCUCGUCGAGCAGAUUUGGGCUGCGUACGAUGACGAAUCUCGGGGCUGUACAUCCGGGCACUGGCUGGAUGUGAUGGAGGCGCAAGAUUUACGUUCACUGUUCGGAUGA